AUGGCUUUAACAGGCUAUGACUGUGAGAUCCUUUUAGUGGUUAUUUGCCUUCUGCUCCUUCUUCGCUUUUUUAAAGGCAAAAAUAUAAUCCCAUGGAAUUGGCCUCUCAUCGGAAUGUUGCCAACGAUUCUUUUCCAAUAUGAUCAGGUUUUAGAUCUGGGUGCUGAAAUUUUAGAAAGAUGCGGAGGCACCUUUCUGGUAAAAGGCCUGUGGUUGGCUCACUCGGAUAUGCUAAUCACUUGCAUUCCUGCGGACGCGCACCAUGUGAUGAGCACAAACUUCUGGAAUUUUCCCAAAGGGCCUGAGUUUAGGAUGAUGCUUGAUGCUUUUGGGAAUGGACUAUUCAUUUCUGACUUAGAAGACUGGAGUUUCCACCGAAGAAUUGGUCGAGCGUUGUUCAAUCACCAGAGGUUCCAACAGUUAUCAGUGGAUAUUACCCUGGAUAAAGUGGAGAAUGGCCUAGUCCCAGUUCUGGAGCAUGCUUCCCAACAACGCUUAGCGGUGGACUUUCAAGAUUUGUUCCAAAGGUUUGGACUAGAUGCAACAUGUGCGUUGAUCACAGGGUGCGACCCCAAGAGCCUCUGCCUCGAGCUCCCAGAUGUUCCAUUCGCAUCCGCUAUGGAAGAGGCUGGAAAAGUGAUAUUUCUACGCCAUGUUUACCCAAAAUGCAUUUGGAAGUUACAAAGGUGGCUCGGUAUUGGGUCAGAGAGAAUUUUGAUUGCAGCCAAGAAAACCCUCUAUGAUUUUGCAGCGGAACAUGUAUCCUUCAUGCGAGAAAGGUCGAACAUGGGAACUAAUCAAACCGAGGGGCUUGAUAUUUUAUCAGCAUAUAUCAAUGAAGAUGAAGCCUUCCAAUCAUCGGCCAGUGACAAAGUGUUGAUAGACAACAUCUUGAGCCUCUUGCUUGCAGGUAAAGACACAACUAGCGCAGCUCUCUCUUGGUUUUUCUGGCUUGUUUCAAAAAACCCUUCAGUUGAAACCAAGAUCAUUGAAGAACUCAAAGCAGCUGUACCAGCAAAAGAAGCUGAAAAAUGGCAUCUAUUUGAUGCAGAAGAGCUAAGCAAGCUGGUUUAUCUGCAUGGGGCAUUGUGUGAAUCUCUAAGGCUAUUCCCCCCAGUUCCCCUACAGAUCAGAACUCCUCUUCAACCAGAUAUCCUUCCAAGUGGCCACCGGGUUGAUCCUUCCACAAAGGUAAUUUUUCAUGCGUAUGCCAUGGGCAGGAUGGCUUGCGCAUGGGGAAAAGACUGCCUAGAAUUCAAGCCGAGAGAUGGCUGA